CCCAUCGCGAAAUUCCUUCCUAACAUUUAGCACAUAUUCUCUACUCACCUCUCGAUAUCUUAACACCCCGUAAUCGGUUCUCUGAAUAAGGCUAAUUCAAUAUGGCUCCAGGCCCUGUUGUUGAAGAUGUUGAAGUGGACAUGACCCCGGAUUAUGAGGAAGACGAGGAGCAGAGACUUAUCAAUGAAGAGUACAAGACGUGGAAAAAAAACUCGCCAUUUCUUUAUGAUAUGAUCCUGAGCACCGCCCUCACAUGGCCAACCCUUACGGUUCAAUGGUUCCCCGAUGUCAAGGAGCCCGAGGGAAAGAACUGUCGUAUUCACCGAGUUCUCAUUGGAACCCAUACCUCUGAGGGCAAGCCGAAUCAUCUUCAGAUUGCCCAGGUCGAGAUACCCAAGUCGGUUCGUCCUAAUGCAAACGAGUACGAUGACGAACGGGGUGAAAUCGGCGGUUACGGCAAGUCUCCGUCUGCCGAUGCUACUACGGCUAUGAAAUGGAGUAUUGUUCAGAAGAUCGACCAUCCUGGCGAGGUCAACAAGGCUCGUUACUGCCCUCAGAAUCCCGAUCUGAUCGCAACGCUGGCUGUCGACGGCAGAAUCCUCAUCUUCGAUAGAACUAAGCACAGCUUCGAACCGAAUGGCAAGGUCAAUCCUCAAAUUAGCCUUGAAGGCCAUAAGCAAGAGGGAUUUGGGCUUAAUUGGAACCCUCAUUCCGAAGGCGCUUUAGCAUCAGGAAGCGAGGAUCAAACUGUUUGUCUUUGGGACCUCAAGUCACUGCAGAGUGGCAGCACGACACUUGGUCCUUCUCGUCGCUUCACUCACCAUACUAACAUCGUGAACGACGUUCAAUAUCACCCUAUAUCCAAAAAUUUCAUCGGCAGUGUCUCUGAUGAUUUAACUCUGCAAAUCCUGGACGUGAGACAACCAUCUAACACUCAAUCCUCUUUGGUUGCCAAAGAUGGUCAUAGCGACGCCAUUAACUCGUUAGCAUUUAACCCGUCAACCGAAGUUCUCGUGGCAACCGCUUCCGCUGAUAAGACCAUCGGGAUUUGGGAUCUUCGUAACGUAAAGGAAAAGGUUCACACUCUAGAAGGCCACCAAGAUGCGGUCACAUCCCUUUCUUGGCAUCCCCACGAGGCAGGCAUUCUUGGCAGUGCUAGUUAUGACCGACGUAUUAUCUUCUGGGAUCUUAGCAGGAUUGGCGAGGAACAGCAACCGGAUGACCAAGAAGAUGGCCCCCCUGAACUCCUGUUCAUGCACGGCGGCCACACUAAUCAUCUUGCCGAUUUUAGCUGGAAUCUAAACGACCCCUGGCUUGUGGCGAGUGCUGCCGAGGACAAUAUGCUCCAGAUUUGGAAAGUUGCAGAUUCUAUCGUUGGAAAAGAUGAAGCCGAUCUUCCACUUGAUGAACUUGGCAGGUGAACGAGGCAGGUGUGAUUGGGAGGCUACGAGUCGAACCUUGCUACUUAGAACCUGGCGAGUCUGCAGGGCCUAAUGAAUGUGAAAGAAGAGGCGCAUAUCUACACGACCGUUUAGAUCGUUGGUAAACUGGAGAACGUCAGUAGUAACUACUACUAUUCAUCACUCAUUUAACUAACUUUCCCAACAGCUUGGCUAUACGGCUGGGUUUAAACCGACGAAGGAUUUCAGGGGAGCGAACGUUAUGAAACUUUUUUUUUUUUAAUAAUUAUAUUAAACCAGUCAAUCGAGUGCUUCUGUUCGGUUGCACAAGUCGGACAAUUAGUUGUUUUUUACAUCGGUGCAUACGGAUUAUGAUCGUUACUAGGCGCUCAAUAAUCCAAUCAGACAGAAUACCUAUCAAAUAACCGCGCCGAAUGAUCUACAUAGUACCUACAUAAGGUAGGAGGUACCUAGUGGCUCACGUAGGUAUGUUUUAGCUAGACAAUUACCUAGGUAGACUUUGGCUUUACACAUACAUACCUACCUAACCUUAGGUACCUAAGGCACCUAAUCUAAUAAGGUUACCUGCG